CCUGUCUUUCACAUCUCCUCCUCCUCCCUACUCUCAGCUCAUCUCAGAAAUCAUGGCGAAGCCUGGCGCCUGUGCCGAUCCCAUCGACGGCCUCCGCCUCCCUCUCCCUCUCCGGAGACCCGAUAUCCUGCCACCAGCGCCGACCCGAUCCCCCACCGGAUCGACCAUCGACUGGAUUCCGGACUUCGCUGGAUACGCCUGGGUCGCGUAUGGAGCAUCCUCUAUCCUGGUCAUAGCUCACUUGCCUAAGCCUUCCCCGCUCUCCAGGGACGAGAAUGUCAUCGGUCCCAUUCUCCGGCAAGUGUUCGAGCUCCCUCACCAUGUAUCCGCCGUCUCUUGGUCCUUGAACGGAGAGGUCGCGGCCGCUUCCGACAAUUGCAUCUUCCUGUUCACUCCCGACUCUUCCAGAUCACUCGGUUCUUUUUGUUGGAGCCAGAAUGCAGUACUUAAGCAGUCUACGAAGGUGGAGGCAGUCAAGUGGACAGAGUCAGGGGAUGGGAUAGUUGCCAGUGGUGUCGAGGUGGUUCUGUGGAAAAUCAAGAGCACCUCCUGGGAAAUAGCUUGGAAGUCUAUGGUGCACGUACCGCAGACUCUGGUUUCUACAACCUGGUCGAUUGAGGGGCCUUCGGCUACGGCAGCUUAUCCUGAUGAACUCGUCCGUGAGGAAAGCAGAUGUGUUUUGGUAUUCCAGAAUGAUGGAAGGCAUGGGUAUUUUAAAGCUGAGCUACGGCACCCUCAGCCUGUUGUUUCGAUUCAGUGGAGGCCAUCAACAGGAAGACGACUUAAAAGGAGUUUGAGGACAAGGCAUCUGCUGCUAACAUGCUGCCUUGAUGGAGCUGUAAGAUUAUGGGCUGAGAUUGAUCAUGGACGGCAUAAAAGAGUGAAGGAUGUUAAGGAUUCCAAGGCCUCACAGUGUUCAUUCUGCGUGGUUGCCCUCAUUGAUAAAAGCAAUGGUCUGAAUGCAACUCUUGAUGCCAGUUUGUCUGUGAUGUGGGCGAUAGAAGUAGGGGGCUUUAUUAAUCUUGUUGAAGAAGCCAGCCAUCUAUUCUUUGCAGAUCAUAACGAACAUGAACAGGUGGGCCAAUGUGAAUGGUUAGUUGGAUUUGGUCCCGAGUUGAAAAUUACAUUCUGGGCCAUCCACUGCAUCGAUGAAUUUUCCCCACUCAGAUAUCCACGGGUUACUCUAUGGAAGACCAAAGACCUUCAAGAUCGUAAACUUCAACAUAUUCAAAGUGUUCAUUCAAAAGCUGUAGAUGGAUCUCUUGUAAAAAAAGUUGUUAUUUCGAGAAACAGCUCCACUGGCCCACCGUUCUUAUGCUCUUUCCUUCAUUUCUCAUCGUGCAGUUCCUUGUCCUUGUCAUUGUUCUACAAUCAAAAGGAGCAUCAUAAGCAAGAAGAUUUGCCUUUCAAUACACCUCGCGAAGAGAAUUUUUUAUCUUGCUUGUCUAGUGGAGUAUUAAGUACAGAUGGUCAUUCUGGAAAGAUCUUACAAGUUGUCGUGCACCCUUACUAUUAUGAAGGUGGUUUGGCUGUUUCUCUGGAUUCCAAUGGCCUGCUUCUAUUUUGGUUGUUCUCCACCAUUUCCAGCCUCAGUCAUAGUGUUCCUACUUUGAUACCCAUGUUGAGACUAUUUGCAAAAAUGAUGACUCAAGAGAAUGGUCCCAAAUAUACAAGUUUAAGGUGGGCACCAUCAAUUUUGGAUGAUGACCGCAUUCUUCUACUAGUACAUGUUGAUGGCAUUGAUUGCUUGGUAAUUAGGAUGUCAAAAGGAGAAGCACUAAAGCUAGAAUUUCAGAGACUGUGUACAAUACCUUAUACUGGUAGUUUUCCUGUCGAGGAUGGUCCCACAGACAUCUAUUCAAUUCCUUUGCCUUCAACCUGCAAGAAAACCUUCAAGCCGGAUAACUUUAUGCUUCUGGGUGUAUGGAAGAAGGGGUUUUAUGCUGGGUCAUGGGUUAUAACUGUUCAUUCCUAUGAUUUGUCUGAAACCCCUUGCGGAUGUAGCUGUGAAAGCGAUUACACUGAUAAUAGCAAGAUCCAGAAAUUUGAGAGUGUUUUUUCUGGCAGAAGAUAUUGUAUCUCAGUUUGUCCUUGCUCUUCAGAGUUUCCUUAUCCUCACAGCCAUGACCUUGUGACCAAUUAUUCCAUCGUCUGUCCAGAUGGAUUUUUUCCAUUUAUACAGCAAGAUGAUUGGAUACCAAUUAAUGAUCAGUGUGGAAAUUAUUACCCUUAUGUCAUGGCAACGGGCUGUGCUGAUGGUAACGUGAAGUUGUGGAGGACUGGUGGGGUCCUUCCCUCUUCUGUGACAUGGGAGCUUGUUGGUGCAUUUGGUGCACAACAGGGCCCUAUAAGUAAAAUUUGUCUGGCUGAUUGUGGUCAAAAGAUUGCUAGUGUAUGUGCUGCAAGUGGUUCAGAUUCCAGUGAGACUCUAUAUAUAUGGGAACCCAUGAACAUAGCAGGAACAGGAUGCUUUGUCUUAGAACAUACGUUAUCCCUGACUGCAGGCACUGUUGCAAUGAAGUGGUUGACUUUAGGUAACGGCAAACAAAUACUUGGAGUUUGCAUGCAAGAAAAAUUGCAAAUUUAUGCACAGAGGCCAUCUGGUGGUCAAAAUUCGGCGAAAACAAAACCUUCGAAUAUGCAAAUUUGGUCUUGCAUUGCAGAAGCUCAUUUAUCCUCUCCUGUGUUUGACUUUUUCUGGGGACCUGCUGCUACAGCUGUAGUGGUUCAUAGUGACUAUAUCUAUUCAUUCGGGCAGUGGCUGCUAAAUAAGCACCACAAUAGUUUCCAUGCAAUGAGUGAAAAGAAUCUCUGCAUUGAAGGAAGCACAGAAGGGGGAACCAUGUAUUUUACUGAUCCGAACAUUUGCAAGAUGAAUGGGUUAUCAGUUGAAGGCAGUGGCAUGCCUUUUAUCUCAAGGACUACUCUGCUUCCUGGAAUAAAGCAUAAUCAUGAAGCCAAUUGCACAGUUUCAGAAAGAGCGGAACGGAAUCAUGCUAUGUUUACUACAGUUGGAUCACAUACCAUGUUAAAUGUGGUAGACGAACUCUGUGAAUCUAUUCCAGUAUAUCAUCCCGAAGCACUCUGCUUCAACAUAUAUUUAGGCAAUUGGAGGCGUGCAUAUAUUGCUCUGCAACAUCUUGUGCAACACCUUUCUGAUGCUCCUGGCAAGAGAUAUACUCAUUCAGAUUGCGGCAAUACUAUUCCACAGAUUGUUCUAUUAAGUUAUCUCAAGGGAGCUCCGCAAGAAGGUUCAACCAAUAAGGGAUUUCAGUGGGAUGGAGGUGCUCUUUCAAUCAAUUCUUCUUUGCAAUUCCAAGUAGGCUCGAUCAAGUCGGCCUCUGAAAUGUGGUCUUAUGGUUCCAGUAAUGUGUUCGCUUCCUCGUCUUCAUCCACAAAUGAAUUCAGUGGCCUUGCCGAGUCUCUUGAGAAGUAUGCUGGGGCAGCUGCCAUCAGUGACAAAGAGAGGAGAGAAAUUUUAGCAGCUAAUGAUCUUUUAAAUGAAAUCAGUAACUCACAAUCGAGUUCUGUUUAUGAAGGUCUUGAUGAGCCUGGAAAAAGGUUUUGGGUUGGACUUAGAUAUCAACAAGUACAAUUCUUCCAUGAAUUUGGGAGAAAACCAUCAGUGGAGGAGUUGGCAAUUGACUCUGCAAGUGUUUGCUGGGCCUUCCACUCUGACUGCCAAGAAAGUCUAUUGAGUUCUUUCCUUCCAAUUGAAUCGUCGUGGAAAGAACUUCAGGUUAUGGGAGUUGGACUUUGGUUCAAUAAUGUAACACAACUUCGUGCAAGGAUGGAGAAACUGGCGAGGUUGCAAUACCUAAAGAAGAAAGAUCCUAAAGAUUGUGCACUUCUUUAUGUAGCACUUAACAGACUCCAAGUGUUGGCUGGCUUGUUCAAAAUCAGCAGGAAUGAGAAGGAUAAGCCUUUGGUGGGAUUUCUUUCACGUAAUUUUCAGGAGGAGAAAAAUAAGGCAGCAGCACUCAAAAAUGCUUAUGUGUUACUGGGCAGACAUCAGUGGGAGCUAGCAAUUGCUUUUUUUUUGCUUGGAGGUGACACUUCUUCCGCAAUCAACAUUUGUUCCAAGAACCUUGGGGAUGAACAACUUGCUCUGGUUCUUUGUCGGCUGGUCGAGGGUGGUGGGGGGCCAUUGGAACGUCAUCUAAUUACAAAGCUCAUGCUUCCAUCUGCAAUUGAGAAGGAUGAUUACUGGCUAGCAAGUCUUCUUGAGUGGCAACUGGGGAACUACUCCCAAUCUUUCUUCUGCAUGUUGGGAUUGCAAAAUUACUCUUCAAUAGAUGAGUCUAUGCUCUUAUCCAGUCAUGCUGCCUUUUCGGACCCGAUUAUUGGUCUUUACUGCCGCUUAUUGGCAACUAAAAAUUGCCUGAGGAAUACUGUUGGAGAGCGUAAUGUUGCGGUUCUUGGUAGGUGGGCAACUCUUGUUAUGGCAACUGCCUUGCGAAGACGUGGACUUCAUAUUGAAGCUCUUGAGUGCCUUUGUUCUUCAAGUUUUGUUGGAGGAUCUAAUAAUUGGAAUUCUAUGGGUAAUGAACAUUUGGAAGUUCUACCGGGCAUACUUGAGCCAUCUCCAAGUAAUUCCACUAAUUGGCUAUCUGCUGAUGCGGCGGUUCACCUGGAAACCUAUACUAAAUUUGAUUUAGCAAUCCAUCAUUUCUCCAGAUUAGUGAGGCAACAUCCUUACUGGCCAAAUGCAAAUAUAGCAACUACUGAAAGAAAUUCAUUCCAUAAUGACAGCAGGAUUCAUGAACUCGAGAAGUUAAGAGAACACUUCUUCUCUAAGUUAUGGUCGGACCUGGAUGUCACUGAACAGAAGUUUCAACUCCAUGUUGCUCCUCUUCUUGGGAAGAUAUUACUUUUGCCUUGCAACUAUGGAGCCCCAUCUAUUGGAUAUGACUUACUGCAAGGAUACAAGUGCCACGAGAAGUCUCCGCGAACAAUUGAGGCACUGGACAGAUUGAAUUUCUAUCCUCUUCUAUCCAAACUAUCUUCAACUUUAUCAGAUGAAGUUUCCAAUUUGUUUUCACGAUUAGCUGCUGCUUGUGGCAUAACUUGCUCUCAAGUGGCUUCACCUUGUAAUGUCAAUGGUGAGCCGUCUGGAAUGGGAUCUAGAUGGUUGUUUGAGGGGGGAAAUCAUAUUCAUGAUCUCACACUCUUAUUAAGGAACCUAAGAGCUGCUCAGGAGAUAUUCUCGGGCUCCUGGGGUGAAGAUACUGUCAUGGUCCCUGAGGUUAAUGAUUUGCUUGAGUUUUGUGCACGCUUUGCAUCUAUUUGGUACCAGAGGAACUCAGAAGCUCUCAUUCUGAUGUUGCAACCCAUCCUAGUUUCAUUUUCUGAUGGGCACAUUCCCUAUGAAGUUGAGAUGGUGGAUCUCAAGAAUGCCAGCAGCCAGACGUCUGAUCGAGUGGCUCAUGAAAGCGAUGCCAAUGUUGAUGGCAGGAAUCCCAGUUCAUCUAUCAUUACGAGUGUGAAACAUGAAAAUGGAGGUAACAGAGGGAGUUUGAUUCCUGAAGAUGAAAAAUGGCAAAUUUUGGGGGUUUCUUUGUGGAAACACAUGUUGAGAUUCACUACCCAUAAGCUGAAAAUGAUUCGCGAUAAAAUUGAUGAGCAGCAUAUCUCCAGUUCUUCACUUGGUGGUCCUUCACUGUGUUCUGGUUCUGCUGCAUGUUCUGGUAUUGAUGGCAAGAAUGUAAUAGAAGAAAUUAAGCUGCUCUCCUCAAGAAUGGCCCAGUUGCUGGUUACCACUCUUGCUCAUGUGUCUUCUUAUCAGGUGAAACAGCUUGUGGUGCUACUUGACCAAAAGAUAGAUGAUGGGUGGCCUGCCAUGACUCUUGCGUGGUUAGAGCCAGGCUAUUCUCCACAUGGUUUUCUUAAAGAGCAUCCACCUGAGGGCGAUAUCACUUCGUCUUUGUCUAACAUAAAUGAUGAAAUAUCAUCGUUUCACAAACUAUGGGAUUCAUGGGCUGAUCAGAAGAUGGUAUCAGAGAGCUUUACAGAGGAGAAGAUAAAUUUGCUGGAAUAUGUCAACAAAAGACCAUCCAGAGGAUGGAAAGAAAUAGAUAAGAGCAUUAUGGUUGAGGAAAUUGAAGGAUUGGAUAAUAAUGAUGGUAGGAGCAUCAGUGGUUCUGGCAGUAAUGAAGUUGGUACUCCUUCACGGGGUUCCUGGCAGAAAGGAUUGGCCACCUCUAAGGAGAUCACUCCUUUCCAAUGUCCCAAAGAAAUAUGCAAGAAAAAUGGGGAGCUUCUGGAGGCAUUGUGCAUUAAUUCCAUUGAUCGGCAGCAAAUUGCAGUUUCUAGCCAUAGAAAGGGCAUAGUGUUCCUGAACUGGGAAGACUCGACUUUCAAAGAAGAGACAAAAUCUAUAUGGUCAGAAGCUGAUUGGCCUCCGAAUGGAUGGGCCGGUCCUGAAUCAACCCCAGUUCCAACUUGUGUUUCUCCCGGCAUAGGGCUUGGGAGCAAAAAAGGGGCACAUCUUGGAUUGGGUGGGGCAACUGUUGGCACUGGAUCUUUGGCCACACCAGGUAGGGAUUUGACUGGUGGUGGAGCUUUUGGAAUUCCUGGAUAUGCCGGUGUUGGUGCCUCAGGUUUAGGCUGGGAGGUUCAACAGGAUUUCGAGGAGUUAGUAGAACAUCCAGCUACUCUUGAAACUAUUAGAACAAGAGCAUUGUCCAGUCAUCCAUCUAUGCCUUACUUCUUGGCUGGGUCCAGUAAUACCCUCAUCUACUUAUGGGAGUUUGGUAAGGAGAGAGCUAUUGCAACUUACGGAGUGCUACCUUCGGCAAAUGUUCCUCCCCCGUAUUCUCUGGCAUCAGUAUCAGCCGUGCAAUUUGGCCCCUGCGGCCACAGAUUUGCUACUGCUGCACUUGAUGGAACCAUCUGCACAUGGCAACUCGAGGUUGGAGGAAGGAGGAAUAUCCAUCCCACAGAAUCUUCUCUUUGUUUUAACAGCCAUGCAAUGGAUGUCACAUAUGUUACCUCGAGUGGGUCUAUUAUCGUUGCUGCUGGGUAUAGCUCGAAUAAUGUAAAUGUGGUUAUAUGGGAUACAUUGGCUCCACCUUCCACUUCGCGGGCUUCUAUCAUUUGUCACGAAGGCGGUGCUCGCUCUGUGUCCGUGUUUGAUAGUGACAUUGGGAACAGUUCCGUUUCCCCCCUUAUUCUAACGGGUGGUAAGGGUGGAGAUGUUGGACUCCAUGAUUUUCGAUACAUAGCCACUGGAAAGAGUAAAAGGCUGCGACACCCCGAUCAUGUUGAACACAGCUCGAACUCAUCUUUGGGAACUGCAGGGCCAUCUGGAAAUGGUACAAAACAUGGGAUUGAGAAUGUUGAUGGAAUGCUUUGGUAUUUACCAAAGGCACAUUUAGGGAGUGUGACGAAAAUAGCUAAGAUCCCCCACACCAGUUUGUUCUUGACCGGGAGCAAAGAUGGAGAUGUGAAACUUUGGGAUGUCAAGAAUGCAAAGUUAGUGCAUCACUGGCCGAAGUUACAUGACAGGCACACCUUCCUGCAACCCAGCACCCGGGGCUUUGGUGGAGUUGUUCGGGCUGGUGUUACGGAUGUGAAAGUUGUUUCUCAGGGUUUUAUUUCGUGUGGAGGGGAUGGCACUGUAAAGCUGGUUCAGUUGAGCGAUUACACGCACGGGAUGUGAAGAAGUUUAACAUGGCGUUUGCUACAUAAAACAUUCAGCUCCAUGAAAUUGGUGAAAAUCUUAGGAGUGGUGAGUUCUUCCAUUGCGGAUUAUCUCUAUUACCAGUCAUAGCAGGCAUUAGGAUGUCAGCUCGUAAGGCAGUCUUUCCAACCAUGAGCAUGGAGGGGAGGAAAGAAAGAAGGGCCCGAUUCAUUCCUUUUGCCCAUGAAGCUCUGGAAUUUUUGCCAUGUGCUGGGACUUCUAAGCCUUUGGCUAUGAUUAAGAUCUCCAGACACCUGAAAGCAUCUGAUGGUUGAGUAGAAGUUCUGUCGGAGGGUUGAGAACCGAGGCCAAUAUGCUUUAGCAAAAAGAAAGAUAUGAGUGUAUAUUUAUGAAAUGCUUUCAUGGGGUUGCCGCUGUUGGCUCGAGAGAUCUGCUAUAAGUUGAGGGAUUAAGCAGACCGAGGCAAGUCCAAUUGGUGCUAAGAACUGCAUUUAGGAUUUCCGGUGAAGCGUGGCGUUAGGAAUCUGAACUCAGUGCUCCCACAAUUUUGUGGCAUGACGAUCAACCUCGAGGGUUAUGCCCAUGUCUUCCGGUGUAUAUAAUCUCAGAAACACGGUGUGUGAUUGAUGAUAGGUUUAGUCUUCUUAUGGCUUGUUUUGUGACAGCUUGCAUUUGGGAUAAACAUCUCGAGUUCGACUCGACGAAGAUGUACAGUCCCUUGAUGAUUCAUUGUUGUGCGCUACAGUUUGGAAAACAAAUAAGCAAUGUUUGCCUGGUAUAAUCAUGCGAUUCUGAUUAUUAUUAUUUUUUA